CUCGGCAGUUGUUCCUUCUGAAAGACAGAUUACUCAGGCAACCGCAUUCCAAACAUGGGGGUAUACCACAUUGUGCUCUUCAAGUUGAAGCCUGGUGUCACCCAGGAGCAGAUCGCGGAACUUGAAGCCGCAGGACGAGCAAUGGUUGGGCAGGUACCAGGACUCGUCAAAUUUGACUUCGGCCCUCCACUAGCUUCGACUGCUCAUCGUGCUCUUGGAUAUGACCUUGGCCUCGUGUCGACGUUGGAGAAGCCAGAAGAUGUGGCCAUUUAUGCUCAGCAUCCUGCACACCUGGCAGUCCAUCACGUUCGCGAAAAGAUUUGUGAUCAUACUUUGGCAUACGACCUGGAAUUUUGAGUAUGCUACAUACUUGAAUAUUCAUACUCUUCAGUG